CAGGAAGCCUUUUGGAACUUGUUUCUCACCGUGCAGUUUAAAGUGUAACACUGCAUGUCGUACAGCAGGGCAUGUAGCCGUUGUGUUUUCUGCUGUUAUCGUUGUCUUUGUGGAAUUAAAACUCUUUAUUUUAUGUAGAAGAAAUGGAGCAAGCGGGUGAAUUUACGCUGGCAAAGUGCUGAUGAUGUGAGAGCAGUCAUUAGAGAGCAGAGGAUGGACAGAGACUUGUUGAGGCAGUGUCUGGCCUAUCACGGAGAGUCACUGUUCAACACCCUGAAAUGUGAGCAGACAGAGAACCCAGACUUCCAAGCGGUGGUCUCUGACCUGUCCAAGGCCUCGUAUGAGAGGGGGAAUGGAGGACAGGGUAAUCAGUUAGUGGAGCAGUUCAUUGCCAGGAAAGCUGACAUCCUAUUCAGUCCGGCAUGGAAGACGGCCACUCCGCGACAGGAGCAGCAGGAGGAAGAGGAGGCUGCAGAGCCGUAUGCCAUCAUGCCACCGGUGGAGCUGUUCAUGGAGGUGUCUUACGAGGAGAGGAGAGCCAUGCUCUACCGCGACCUGGAGAGAGGAGACAUUGUUGUCGGCAAGAUCAACAACAUCAGAGAGUACGGCUUCUUCCUCACUCUGCUCUGCAUGGCAGGGGGCCUGGAGCGAGACAUAGAAGACCUAGAGCUUUCGGCACUCUGUCACAUCAGAGAAAUUCCCUCCACUGGCAACCACGAUGACCCUCUGUCCUACUACCAGAUUGGAGACCUCAUCAGAGCUGGCGUGAAGGACAUUGAUCGCUACCAGGAGAAAAUCACAGUGUCCCUCCAACCGUCCUCUCUCACCCCCAGCUCAGAGCACAUCAAACUGGGAGUCAUUUCCCGGGAGGAGCUUCCAGUACACUACAGUCGGAGCAUUCAAGCAGCCAGUGACACCAGUGAAACGUAUGGGCGUCUGCUGAGAGGUUGCCAUGGUUACCACAACCCCUCUGUGGUGGAGUACCUGUUGGGGAUGGUGGGAGUUAGCGACACGCAGCCACCGUCAAUGAUGAGAGGACUACAGAGUAAACAUUUUGAGGAGGAAGACUUUGCUUCUGCGAUCAGGAAGAAGCAGUCGGCAUCUUGGGCUUUGAAGUGUGUUCGCGCUGGGGUCGACCACUUUAAGCACGGUCGUCAUGUGGAAGCCAUGAAUGAGUACAACAAAGCCUUGGAGAUCGACACUAAUAACGUGGAGGCUCUGGUGGCACGGGGAGCUCUGUACGCCAACAAAGGGAGCAUCAUGAAGGCAAUAACAGACUUUGAGCUUGGCCUGGAGAGCUGUCCUGAUCAUCGUAACGCCAAGAAGUACCUCUGCCAGACUCUGGUGGAAAGAGGAAAACAGCUUGAAGAACAGGAGAAACUAGUCACAGCGGAGGGCUUGUACAGGAGAGCGCUAUCCCUAGAUGACUCAUACCCUGAGGCGCAGGAAGCCCUGCGCAAGAUUACAGACACUAUGCAGAAAUCAAUUCGCCUGCGAGAAGAGGCGCUGGCGAAGGAGCAGGAGAAAGCUAAAAGCAGCCAGACCAGCGCUGAGAAAUUGCGUAAGAUCUUAAAAGAGGAGAAGAGGUGAGUUGAUUGAUUGAUAAAGGUAUGGAAGGUGUCUGCUGUUAAACACAUGAAGGGUAUCUGGCACAUACUGAUAAAUGCAUGUCAUGUGCAGUGUGUCCAUUUACAGGUGUAAUGAAAAUGCACACAGUAAAAUAACUUGGAUCAGAUAGCGUAAAUACCCAAACAGACUUAAGCACACAACACAUGCACAUAGUAUUCAUUUAACUAGUUAGACAUUUCAUAGAAAUAAUCAAAAUUUUCCUGAUUUCAAUAAUUGUAUCUUUAAAUCUGUAGAAGCAAGGCAACUUUACAGCACUGUCUCAGAAUUAGAUUGUCAGUGGAUAUUCUCUCUUUUUCUUCAGGAUGAAACGAAAACAGAGAAGAUCCACCGCUUCCUCAUCAUCAUCCUCCUCCUCCUCCAGGCGCUCAUCCUCUUCCUCCUCCUCCUCAUCCUCCUCAUCUCGCAGGAGGUCCAAAAAGAGGAAAAAAAAGCGUAGGAGGUCUG